CAGCGUAGUCUUUGUAGAGAGGCUUCUAAAGAAAAAACAAAAAUACAUACAAGCAGAAAAAAAAACCAAUCACAGCCUAAGUAAGCGCUAAACAAGGCUAAAGCAACAGCUGCAAUAUAUCAAAACUUUUCAUCAUCCACAAACUGAAAAAGGGCGGGGCAUCAUGGUUCACGGAGGCUUCGGACAUUGCUCGAGGAUGGACCAAACAGUGGACGAUUUUCCCACACAGGAGGAAGUGAAGAUCUCGUUGAUGAGAGGACCCGUGAAGACCUCUGCCAUCUGUUCCUUCUCGCUGGGUGUUCUGACGCUCAUGUCCGGCGCAAUAGUGAUUGGGACCGUAGGCAACUUCACCGUGCCUCUCGUCGUCGGCAGCAUUCAGGUUGUGCUCGGCGUUUUCAUAAUCAUAGGCGGUGUAUUCGCCUUCAGGAAAUACUCGAACUUCAGGAAGAGACAGGAGAGGGAUAUGGUGGCCAAGGUCCAACAAUUAGCCAUGGGAGAAGGAACCAUAGAAGCCAUGUUGGUUGAGGGCGGUGGGUCGAUUCCAGUCCUGGUUCCGAACGACGGCUCUGUGUUACCGAAGUCCAUUGCAAUCCGCCUGGGAAAAGGGGAUGAGGACUCGCCGCUCCCCGUCAUCGACAUGAGGCCAGGCUUGAUCGUGUUCUUCGGAGUGCAAGGGCGAGACGGCCAUGAGGUGUCCGUCUGCAUGAGGGACCUGUUCUUCGGCCGGUUCAGGUUCUACCCGGGGAUGGUGCCCUUCCAUGGCUUGACCGUGAGCUUCUUCCUCAUUGGAACUGUCUUCAUCAACUCGCUCAUUCUCGUCCUGACUCUCUCGUACCCGCCGGACUCAUCGGUAUACCAAGUCUGUAGUGGCCUCGGGACCGUUGCAGCUGUCUUCAUCUGCCUGUCUGCAGGCUUCGGGUAUCGAUGCUACAGAGCCUACGUGAGGGGACGCAGCCAGCAGAACCGCGCCGAACGUGAGGGCUUUUGAGUUGGCGCAGAACCUAAGUGCCUUUGGUCUUGUUAUUUAAUCCUUUUGUUUACAUUAUACUGCAUGUCCGCUUUGUUAAAUGUUUCGAAUAUUUCCAAAAGGAUCUGCAUUUGACUUUGAUUGAUAGUCCAUUGUCUCAUCUUUUGUGUGAUGAAAAUUAUGUGAAAUAUAUAGUGGAAUUUAUAGAUGAAUAAAAAUGUAAAUACC